AUGAUUUGUUCCAUUAAAAUUGAACUAGACUCAUGUACAAUCACAAAAAUAUCCAGAUCAUCUUGGGAUUUGGGAUAUCGUUGGGUCUUGGUAGUUUCGGGUCCCCCAUGGCUUUUUGAAGAAACAACGUCCACGGCGAGAAACUCGCGUCCGCAGCAGCUUUGCGAGCAAGGCGCAUCAUCGAUGCGGGAAGGCCCUUUAGGCUUGCUGGCGUCAUGUCCAAACGCACCAAAGUGGAGCAUUCCAAGCUCCAACCGAGGUGCUUUGGUCAGCGGCAGCGAUGCGCCCGGCCCCGAGCAGUACGAUGUAAGCCUGGCUUUGGAGGCCUUGAGACCACGGCGCUUCCAAGAGAACAGCUUUCCCAAGGCAGACGAUCUGGCGGCCUCAGCCUUGCUGGCGCAUGCGGCGGAUGGAUGGGAGGAACCUCCAGAAGAGACCUUUGACGGCGAAGACGAUGCUCUUAAGGACACCGUUGAAGCCACCGCCACGCCCGCGGCGCCCGCGGCGCCCGCGGCCGCGGACGGAACGGACGAGGAGCGCGUGGCUCAGCUGGCCGCGCGGCGCCCCGAGGGCGCGCAGCUGCUGUCGGAAGUAUGUCGACGGAUUCGGGAGGCGGCCGAGAAACAAUUUGCAGAUGAGCUGGCGGAAAUGGGUCCUGAAGGAAAUGUUGCCUGGUUCUUGAGCAAGGCACUUAGCAGAGGCUUGAACUGCGUUGUUUCUCCUGUGCCACGCUGGGAGCUGAACGCCUUUGACUCGGUCGAGGGCACUUGCCUUCAUUUUGCCAUCACUCGGGAGCUGCCGAACGCAGCCUUGGCUCUCUUGGCCUGUGGUGACUUCGACCUCUCGGUGCCCAAAAAGAGGGAGCGGGAUCAAAGCACGGCCCUUCAUUUGGCUGCAGCCAAUGGACAAGAAGCAGUGGUCAAGGCCUUGCUGAACCGCGCAGACUUCGGAGAAGUCGUGGCAGCGGUGGACAAGGAUGGCUUCACAGCACUGCACGGUGCAGCAUUUCGAGGCCACCUUGAUGUCGUGUGCGCACUGGUGCGAUGUCCAACAACCACGGAGGAUUUCAUUUGUGCCUGUGGAGUCUUUGAUGUGGCACGUCCUGUGGGGCACUGGGCCAGGGAAGCGGCCGAGAUUUAUGACAUGAACACGGCGCUCCAUAUGGCGGCCGCCAUGGGCCACACGGAAAUCUGUGCCUUGCUGCUGAUCCACGGCCCAAGGGCGGCCAAUAAGACCAAUCGCAUGGGUGCCACGGCCUUGCACAUGGCCGCCAAAGGCGGCUACACCAAAACCGUGGCGGCCAUCUUGGCCUCCCCAUCCUUCAACGCGAUCAACGCCCGCGACACGCGUGGCUUCACUGCAUUGCACUGGGCGGCCCACCAGGUUUACGGAGAUAUCGCCGCAUUUAUCUUAAAGGAUCAGGACUUCUUCAUGGUCGACAGCAAGGACUUGCGCGGCCGCACGGCUGCGAACAUCGCAGAGGCAGCGGGCUUGAGCCUGGUGGUGGAGAGGGCCAUGGUUAUUUUCAUGGCUGUACAACGGAUGGAUAGCGAUUUGAUUGAAAGCCUGGCCAUUCGCAAUGAUGAUCGUUUUGUGGUGGAGGCGAAGGAGGAGGACGAGGAGGAGGAAGAGAAGAAGGAGAAGAAGGAGAAGGAGAAGGAGAAGGUCCACGGUCGAGGUUGGUACGCUGGAUCUGAGGCUGCAGCUGUUGGAUCGGAGGGGCGGAAAGCCCAGAUCUCGAGGGCCAAGCCCACCGACCACGCGGCGGAUGUCAUCGUACGUCCUUCCAAAACCUUUGAUUUGGAGAAGACCAUCUUCCGAUCCCUCGACAGCGCCAUCGCGCGCUUGGCCACGAAGAAUCGGAUGGGUAUCGAGGUCUUUUGGUCGGACGAAGUGGCGCGAAAGAUCGAAGCCGACUUCAAGGCUCUGCCGAUAGCUCCUGCGCACGACCAGGCGUUGCUGGACUUCAUGAAAAAUGACUGCAAUUUCGCGAUGGAACAUUGUGAUGGAUCCUUCAUGGACCACUUGCAGUUUUGCUACGAAUAUUCCGUAGCACACUUCAAGGACCAUUCCCCCAAGGUGCUGUUCUUGCACAGUAUCAUGGGUGUGGGCACCAACUACUUCCCGAUGAAGGUGGACAAGCUGCCGCAGCUGCAGAAACUCCUCAGCGACGAGGAAUUCAAGCACAUCGAGGCAUUCCCCAGCAUCCUCAGACUAAUGCUUCAAUUUGAUCUGCUGCAGCAGUUCCAAGACAUGGGUGCAGCCAAGGUCGGUGAGACUUUGGACGGCAUCAAAUUCCAUCGGGUCAUUGACAACAAGAAGAUCUCCUUGGAUGCGGAGUCCUUCUGGGUGCAGAUGAAUUACCAACUGAUUCACCUCAUGGACUUCCUUCCUAUCGCCGAUUGGUCCGACAGGAUGGAUGACACCUACAUGGAUGUGUUCCUGGUGGUCUACCAACUGCUCAAAGAUGCUGGUAAGCUCAAGGCGCACGUCGACCUGGACCUGGGGAAAGUGGAGAAUCCAACUGGCAACAGCACUCCUCUCACCUUAGUAGGCUUCCUGAUGAACCGGGUGGUGCCUUCUGGUCUGAAGCGUCGCAUUCGGCAGAAAGAGAUCACGAAGUGGUCCACUGAAAUCGGACACACCGGCAGCGGGAAACCGGUUUUUUUGUUUGGGUCAUAUGCCCAAAAGGACACAGUUUGGAGUUUGAAGUCCUUUGGAAGGGGAACUCCAACUUGUGAGUGGACUGGGCUACCAGCGCUGAAAGAGAGCAAAGAGCUGCCCAAGAGCUCAAUCGAGCUGGGCAGCAACUGUACCAAGAUGCCAUCGCGUGUCAAGGGCGGCGUGCUGCGUGAAGCAGUCACGGGCCCGAGCGACCUCAAAACCACUACUCCAGGGCCUGAGUAUUGUCCACCUUCCUCGCUGAAACGGCAGGGGGCAGUGUACAUGGGUGAUUUCCCCGUGCGUCGGAGAGACCGGCCAUCGUCAGCUCCCCCGGGUCGAUGUGAUACCUCGGAGACUGGGUCCAAAGGAGACCCGUCCAAAGCAGCCGGGAGUCAACGCCCAGGGUUCAGUUUCGGGCGCAGCCAGCGAGAAACGCCGGAGAGGACAUCACCUGAUACCAUGUACAUGCCACCUUCCACGUUGCGGACGCGUGCAGCAUCGUGUUUGAACGGUCAUCGUCCAGUCUUCGAAAGCGAGGAAGUGAGGCCAGACCCCCAGACGUACGCUAAGGAGCAGCUGGGCAGCACCGAGCGCGCCGGCGCCUUCGGCGCCGCGCGGCGCUGGCGCUCCGAAGCAGCGCUGGAUCGACUGGGACCAGGCACCUAUCAGACCGACACCCCAGCGGUGGUCAAAGGUGUCGUCCGCAUGAGCUCGGCGAAGAGGUUCGUGGGCACAGAAGCCGAUGGCCAACCUGGACCUGGGGCUUACCACCCGGCAGCGCCGUCAACUCGAGGCGGAGGCAACAGGACGACCUUUUCGCGUGCGCCACGGCAUGAUCCGCCGAAAGAGUUCAGCCAUUUGGGAGGAGAACGUCGCGCCAAGGUGAUGCGCAGCUUCUUCCGUGCGGGCACAUUGCCUGCCGGCACCCUGCGUUCGCGCGGUCCACGACUGCCACCGCGCUGUGGCCCGCGCAAGGCCAAAGGCGCGGCGAAACCCUUGGUGAAUAAUUAUAUCCUUGAUCCUCCCUUGACAAGAUUUUUCUAG